AGGUUAGUGCUAUACAUCCGUGACCCUAGCAGUCAGUAGAGCCUUGGAGCAAGGCAAGCUGAAACCCUACUGCCACAACAUGGCGGAGAGGAUAGUGACGGACAAGAGCGGCAACCCCCUUACGAUGCUGGAUGUCGACGGGGUAUGGUAUCCGGACGCCCUCUCUGCAGAGACGCUGAGAAAUAUCCCCAACGUUAUCCUCAGGGACGACGACAUACUUCUCUACGGAUACCCCAGGUCAGGUCACCACUGGGUGUUUGAGAUCGUCAACAUGCUGUUGUCUGGUAGCGCCGACAAUGUUCCCUUCACCCUGGAGAGUGGUGUCCUGGAAGUCGUACCCGACGCAGCCCUCCAGAGUCUACCCUCCCCUAGAAUACUCACAAGCCACGUCCAGCGUCAGUUCAUGCCCAAAGACCUGAAUCAGCGGACCGUGAAGACGGUGUACAUCAUCCGUGACCCCAAGGAUGUAGCGGUGUCCUGGUUCCACUACUACACAUCCUUUCCCAACAAUACAUAUCAGGGAUCCUGGGAUGACUGGAUACAUCUGUUCCUGAGUGAGCAAUUUAUGUGGAGUACGUGGUUUGAUCACAUUCGCUCAUUUGAAAAAGAAUAUGAAUCAAAGGAUCCACGCCUUCUGCACAUUGUGUUUUAUGAAGAUCUUAAAAAGGAUCCACUCGAAGAGGUACGAAAACUGGCAACAUUCCUUGAUACUCGCGUUACGGAAGAUUUCAUAGAUAAAGUUGUAUAUAAGUCUGCAUUCAGUACAAUGAAGAGUCAGAAGGAUAAGAUAGGAGACAAAUGGAAUGCAAGUCUGGGCCAAUAUAGAAAAGGUACGGUGGGAGACUGGAAAAACAUGUUUACGCCAGGACAGAAGGCAACGUUUGAUGACGUCUACCGGAAGAGAAUGCAAGAUUCUAGAUUCCUACACCGUUAUGAAAGUUCCUGACUUUGUACUCGGGAAACCCCGGACGAUACCGUACAGUAUUGACGUGUACACUUUUGUGCCAGUGAUCAAAAUAAAAGCGAUAAAACCCUUU